CUGGAGAUGCAGCCUUGUCGGACCGGAUGUUUCCAUGUGUUGUCUAUCAUGACAAUUUGAACUUUGGGAGUUACAGUAUUAUUUUGAUGGGUGACUGAACCGUGGAUAGUCUCAACGUUGACAUGUGUACUAACCCACCGCUGUCGUCAUACCCCACCACUUCCAAGAAAGAGCUUUUGCCGACUUUCCCCUCUCCUUAUCCUUGUUCCCAGGCUGGCUUUCAUCUAUCAGUGCCAGCAAAGUUCCAUCGGGCGCACUUGACGAGAACGGCUGCCCACUGCAACCUCGAGCACGACCGCAUCUGUUCGCCACUUAGGUACUGAUAUCUCCGAAUCCCGGCGCUCGCUUACCUCCGUCAAGACCAAGUUACAUCCGACUCAGUUAUUUCCUUGAAAGACCGGCUUCAUUUCGUUAUCACCGACGCCGCGCCGCUUGCUCUGGAGCUAUAUAAGCUGAGCCGGGCCAACACCGCCUGCGUUCGAACUACCUAGGUAGUAUAGAGAUUUCGUUUUGCCCUGAACACCCGAGAAAGAAGUCUCCAUGCCGAUCACAGUCCUCUCAGGAGCGCAGCUCCGCACCCUUCUCACCUCGUUGACCCGCGAUCAGAUUGUCUCGAUCCAGCGGAAUCUAGCAGACGCACUACGCGAUUACUCCAUCGGGAACCAGGAUUCUGGAUGCGCGGCUACGCUGCAACCUAGACGAACAGCGGUAACGAGGCAAUGCGGGCGAACGACAAUAUUCAUGCCAUCGAGCACGCGGCGCUCGAUCGGGAUCAAGGUUAUCUCUCUACAGGAUAGGGAGAGUAAACCUGGAUGUGAGGUGGAAUCGGGGGAGGACCUGCGUGGUAUCAAGAGGUUUACAGCAAGUGGUCCUGGGGAGGCCGGCUCGCGGACUUCGGUGUCCUCAAUAUCGUCUGAGAUGAGCGAGUUGUCGUUCUCAUCACAUGAGGAUGAGCCCGAGGCUGAGCAGUCGGUUAGCUUGUCUACAUCUAGUGGGGAGAGCGAUCCGUUGCCUGUGGCUUCAGUGGAUAAGAAACCUAUUGGGGCUGGGGUGUCGCAGACGCUGGGCGCGUGGCCGGGACCCGGAUCCCGGGAUACCUCGCCGAAAGGAAGCGUCACGCUGUAUGAUGAUGAUAGCUUGCCGUUUGGGCUGAUCAAUGCCGAGGAGCUGACGCCCUUUCGAACGGCGCUAACGACUACGAUGAUAUUCAACAAGCGCAAGAAGGUGCGCACGGUGGUAGUGUUUGGUGCGGGCAAGCAGGCUUACUGGCAUAUCCGACUGGCGGUCAUCUUACGAGGCGAGGACAUCAAGCGCGUGGUCAUCGUCAACCGGUCGUUUGAGCGGGCAGCGCAGCUGCUCCGGGAGAUCUAUUCACCAGAGAAUGCUAGCUGGCGAGGGGAUGUCAAGUUCUCCGCAGUCAGCAGCGAAUUCGGGGAGUACAAACGGAUCCUCCACGACGCUAUCAACAAAGCAGAUGCUAUCUUCUGCUGUACGCCGUCGCAUGAACCGCUGUUCCCGUCGGAGCUCCUCACCUCGCGGGAGGGGCGCCGCAAGGGCCGUUUCAUCAGCGCCAUCGGAUCGUACAAGCCGAACAUGACAGAGUUACAUCCUGAUAUCCUCCGGGAGGAGGUUACAAUAUCACCGCCCCAUCGCCACUUCCACAAGCAUGUUCAGCGCAGUGGGAUUGUCGUGGUUGACAGCCUUGAUGCGGCGAUGAAGGAGGCCGGCGAGCUGAUCCAGGCGGAGGUCAAACCCAACCAGGUAGUGGAGAUUGGCGAACUACUGAUGGUGCGGGAUGCCGCGAAGGAUUCAAGUUUGGCUGACGACGAGAAACACCUGCGCGAAUGGGUCGAGCGUGGGAAUGUGAUAUUUAAGGGCGUGGGAUUGGGCUUGAUGGAUCUAGUGACUGGAAGCGAGUUGGUCGAGCUGGCAAAGACCAGAAAGAUCGGCACGACAGUGGAGGAAUUCUAG